UUUAAGCAGAGCUGUCAUUGUCAAAGUGCCGCGUACAUUCAUUUCACUGUAAGGUUUUAUUUUCAUCCGAGUGAAGUACCACUUAAUGUUCGGUUCAUCUUUCGGGGGAAAAUAUGGACCUAAAAGGACUCUCUUCGUUGAUGUUUCUAUCCUGUCUUUUUGUCUUCGUCCGCACCAGCAAUGCAGACCUAAGCUAUUCUGUGCCGGAGGAGUUGAGGCCAGGAUCCAUUGUUGGAAAUAUUGCGAGGGACCUCGGCCUGGAAACGGGGAAAAUGCUUACUCGCAAACCCCGUAUUGAUACCGAGGAAAGCGAUCAGCAUUUCUGCGAUAUUGAUCUAAAAACGGGAAAUUUUCUCAUUAAGGAAAGGAUCGACAGAGAGGAGCUGUGUGGGGAGAAGGUUUCGUGUAUGCUUAAAUUUGAAUUAGUACUAGAAAGUCCUUUAGAGGUUCACCGCAUUUCACUUCUCAUUCAGGAUGUAAACGACAAUCCACCUGCUUUUCCAAGGGAUAUCAUCAAGCUGGAGAUAAGUGAAUCGGCCAUCAAAGGAGCUAGAUAUCGAGUAAAUGAAGCACACGACGCCGACGUCGGUAAAAAUACGGUUAAACAAUAUAGUUUGCAAAACAAUGAACACUUUGUAUUAUCUGUUCGAGACGAUACUGAUGGAUCCAAGAAUGUCGAGUUGGUUUUGGACAAAGAGCUAGACCGUGAAAAAGAAAAUGAUUUAAAUCUUGUUCUGAUUGCUGUUGAUGGUGGCAAUCCACAAAGAUCAGGAACUGCAAAUAUACACGUGAGUGUUUUGGACGCUAAUGAUAAUGCCCCUGUGUUUGACCAGGCGGUUUACAAAGCGACUCUACCUGAAAAUUCUGCCCUUGAUACUGUAGUCGUAACAGUAAGUGCCACAGAUGCAGACGAGGGCGUCAACGGGGAGGUGACGUAUGAUUUUAGCCGCAUCUCAGAAAGGGCUAAAAAGAUUUUCUCACUGAACAGUAAAACUGGGGAGAUAAAACUCAAAGGGGCACUUGAUUUCGAGAGUAGUUCUAAAUAUGAAAUGCGAAUCGAUGCCAAAGAUGGUUAUGGGCUUUCUUCUGAUUCCAAAGUAAUGAUUGAUAUCACUGAUGUGAAUGACAAUGCUCCGGUAAUAUAUUUGAAAUCACUGACUAACCCCAUACCUGAGAACUUGCAACCUGGUACAGAGGUGGGCAUCAUUAACGUGCAGGAUAGAGACUCUGAGAUUAACGGACAGGUCCGCUGCUCCAUUCAGCAGAAUGUCCCUUUUAAAUUGGUUCCUUCUAUUAAAAACUAUUAUUCUGUGGUGAGCACAGGACAACUGGACCGUGAACUAGUGUCUGAUUACAACAUUACAAUCACUGCCACUGACGAGGGCUCUCCACCUCUGUCCUCCUCUAAAACUGUUCAGUUAUCUGUAGCAGACAUCAACGACAACCCACCUGUGUUUGAGGAACAGUCGUACAGCGCAUCUGUGAGUGAAAAUAACAAACCUGGCUCCACUUUAUGUUCCGUUAGUGCUCGAGACCCCGACUGGAGACAGAACGGUACAGUGGUUUAUUCUCUGUUAUCCGGUGAGGUGAACGGUGCCCCGGUGUCCUCCUAUGUGUCUGUGAACGGAGACACGGGGGUGAUCCACGCUGUGAGGUCGUUUGAUUAUGAACAGUUCAGGAGCUUUAAAGUGCACGUGAUGGCAAGAGACAACGGUUCUCCUCCGCUCAGCAGCAACGUGACCGUGAGUGUGUUCAUAUCGGAUGUGAAUGAUAACUCUCCUCAGAUACUGUACCCCGCCCCUGAGGGCAACUCCUUCAUGACCGAGCUGGUCCCCAAAGCUGCACACGGAGGCUCUCUGGUGUCCAAAGUGAUAGCAGUGGACGCGGACUCCGGACAGAACGCCUGGCUGUCCUAUCAUAUAGUGAAAUCCACUGAUCCGGGACUUUUCACUAUUGGUGUCCACAGCGGAGAGAUCAGGACCCAGCGGGACAUUUCUGAGUCUGACAGCAUGAAACAGAACCUUAUUGUGGCAGUGAAAGAUAACGGACAGCCCUCUCUGUCUACCACCUGUUCCAUGUAUUUACUGAUUUCUGAUAACUUGGCUGAGGUGCCAGAACUGAAGGACAUUUCUUAUGAUGAGAAGAACUCCAAACUGACCUCUUAUCUGAUCAUCGCGCUGGCGUGUGUGUCCACCUUUUUUCUGACCUUCAUCAUCAUCAUCAUGGGUGUGAGGUUUUGUCGCAGGAGAAAGCCCAGACUGUUGUUUGACGGAGCAGUCGCCAUCCCCAGCGCUUAUCGUCCUCCUAACUACGCUGAUGUUGACGGCACAGGGACUUUACGCAGCGCUUACAAUUAUGACGCCUACCUGACGACAGGGUCUCGAACCAGUGACUUUAAGUUUGUGUCAUCUUACAAUGACAACACACUGCCUGCUGACCAGACUCUGAGGAAAAGUCUUACAGACUUUGCUGAUGUUUUUGGAGACUGCGAGGAAUCUCCUGAGGUAGGACCAUGUGCAAAUUACAGUUUGCUCUCUUUUGGCUCUGUAUUCAUUUUUUGAUUAUUCAACACAGGUUAACUAUGAAACACAUUAGUCAUGACGUUUGAAGAACUUCUUGAGUCUUUGGUUUACAUAAGGCAGAGUUUAUAUUUUAGUUGACUUCACACUUUCACAUUUUUUUUCUAAUUUCCAUCAAUUUAGUAUGACGUUUGUCUUACAAUGCUAAAUAUUGCUGGUAGUUGUACUUUAAGCUCAUUGCUUCUCUUCAGUUGGGAUGAAAUCUGAUUAAUGCAGUUUUACUCUACUUUGUUAUGGGUUAUGAGUUAUAUCUCAUUUAAUCUGCUGUAACACAUUGAUUGCUGA